UUUCAAUUUGCCAAGUUUUCGAAAUUUAUUGAGAGGGACAAAUAAAGUUGCCCUUUUUGAGACUUUGACCUUGACGAAACCUGAGUAUCCGACACAUUUACUCUCUCUCUCUCUCUACAAAACACAUUUCUCUCUUGGUUCUUGAGAAAAUAUAUCGAAAUUCACACUCUUUUUCUUUUUCUGUCUCCGCAGUCGAUUCUCACUGCAAGCGUCUCUUUUCUUACUAAGAGAAUGAGCGCUUCCAAGUUCAUCAAAUGUGUUACUGUCGGAGACGGAGCUGUCGGGAAGACAUGUAUGCUUAUCUGUUACACAAGCAACAAGUUCCCCACUGAUUACAUACCGACUGUGUUCGACAAUUUCAGUGCCAAUGUCGCCGUAGACGGACAAAUCGUGAAUCUAGGGCUAUGGGACACUGCAGGUCAAGAAGACUACAGUAGGUUGAGGCCAUUGAGUUACAGAGGAGCUGAUAUCUUCGUAUUAGCCUUUUCGCUUAUCAGCAAGGCGAGUUACGAGAAUGUACUAAAGAAGUGGAUGCCUGAACUUCGUCGGUUUGCGCCAAAUGUUCCCAUAGUCCUUGUUGGUACAAAGCUAGAUCUCCGGGAUGAUAAGGGAUACCUCGCGGAUCACACAAAUGUCAUUACCUCUUGUCAGGGAGAGGAAUUAAGGAAGCAAAUCGGUGCAGCUGCUUAUAUUGAGUGCAGUUCCAAGACUCAACAGAAUGUGAAAGCAGUGUUUGACACAGCGAUCAAGGUGGUUCUUCAGCCUCCGAGGAGGAAGGAGGUAACGAGGAAGAAGAAACACAGAAGAUCCGGUUGCUCCAUCGCGAAUAUCGUCUGUGGAGGCUGCACCGCUGCUUAGGACAUAACAACAACAAUGUCACUUUCUGCCUCUCUCUCUCUCUCUCUGGUCGUUUGAAAUUGCAACUGUGAAGAUAAGGGAACUGUUGGUUCUCUUAUUUAUUUGUAUGCGAAGCUCCUUUCUCUGUUUUUGGGUUGUGUAGAUUUGCAGAUUCUGUAAUAUUCUUGUCUUGUUAACAAGUUUUGGAUCUUAUUAGCAAAUUUGGAAUUCUCAUUUUUGUUCUUGUGACUCGUGAUCCACAUGUAAUUUGUAUCACCAUCGAAUUGAAACUGAAA